AUGGGUGUAGAGUUUCUGACAAAUCUUUCGAGAGACCUUUCGAUAUUACUCACGGAUACAGAGGAUUAUAAUAUGAUCAUAAAUGUCGGCGAAAAGGAAACCACCAAAACUUUUCGUGUACACUCCACAAUACUACGAGUGCGGUCACCAUAUUUUAAAGCGGCUUUGUCAAGCGAGUGGGCAAAAAUCGAAAAUAAUUUGAUCACCUUUAAUAAACCAAAUAUUAGUCCUAUCGUUUUCGAAAUAGUACUAAAAUACAUAUAUACAGGACAAAUAAUGUUGGAUAACUAUGAGACUUCAGUAAUUCUGGAUCUACUAGUGGCAGCUGACGAACUAUGCCUUCAGGAACUAAUCGAUCAUUCGCAAGACUACUUGCUCUGUUACAAACCAAGUUGGAUGCAGAGAAACUUUGCCACCACUCAUCGGAUAGCAUUUCAGCAUUCUGGUACGUUCAAGAAGCUGAGAGAAUACUGUUCGGAAAUCAUAAGAAAUGACCCGGAAUUAAUAUUUCAAGCUGAAGAUUUUUCGAUGUUGGAUGAAAAUGUGUUGAUAAAUUUAUUAAAAAGGAAUGAUUUGCUGGUCAAUGAAAUAUUGCUCUGGGAGAAUCUA